AUGACUUGCAAUCCAAGUUGGAGUGAAAUCAAAGAAGAAUUGUUACCACAUGAAGAGCCAAAAAAUAGACUUGAUCUUCUUGUCCGAAUAUUUAGAAGCAAAUUUAAACACUUGAAAAAUGAAGUUAUAAGAAAAAAACUAUUUGGUCCAGUUGCAGCUUUCACAUAUGUAAUCGAAUUUCAGAAGCGGGGCCUUCCUCAUGUUCAUUUACUUCUUAUUCUUCAGCGAAGUCAUAAGCUAGAUUCUCCAGAAAAAUUUGAUGAUUUCAUAUCUGCCGAGUUGCCUAACAAAGAAAAUUUUCCACACUUGUACUCAAUGGUUGUCAAACACAUGAUGCAUGGUCCUUGUGGUUCUUUGAAUUCUAAUAAUAUUUGUAUGAAAAAUGGCAUGUGUAAGAACUAUUAUCCUAGAGAUUUUGUUUCAAUGACAACCAUGAAAGCUGAUGGAUACCUUAACUAUAGGCGGCGCAACAAUAAUGAAACCGUUAAAGUUCGAGGGCACAUGUUGGACAAUAAAUGGGUUGUUCCCUAUGACCCAUAUAUUCUUGCAAAGUUUGAUUGUCACAUUAAUGUGGAAAUUUGCUCUACUAUUAAGGCUGUCAAAUACUUGUAUAAAUACAUAUACAAGGGUCAUGACAAAAUAGCAUUCCACAUAGUAGGCCAACACAGUAAUAAAGAUAUUGAUGAGAUCAUAAUGUUUCAAUCUGCAAGAUGGAUAUCUCCUCCAGAAGCAAUGUGA